AUACGAUUUUUGUUGAUAGAUUUUACUUAGGUAAUCUCCUCUGAUGAGCUGUAUGGCGUGCUCUGAGCAACACCGUUAAUCCCUACCGAAAAAUCUACAACUACAAAAAUUGUGAAUCAUCCUGAAACUCAAAACCUUACCUUUUGAGCUACAUAUGGAGUCCUUGAACAUCGACAUUUUUAUUUCUAGGCUGAUUGUGCAUUGUUGGUUGUUGCUGCUGGUACUGGUGAAUUUGAAGCUGGUAUAAGUAAAAAUGGUCAAACACGUGAACAUGCUCUAUUAGCCUAUACAUUAGGCGUUAAACAGAUGAUUGUCCUGGUCAAUAAAAUGGACAUGACCGAACCAGCUUACAGUGAAAGACGUUUCGAAGAAAUAAAAGCAGAAGUAUCCACUUAUGCAAAGAAAAUUGGUUACAAUUCAUCGACAAUUGCCUUUGUUCCGAUCAGUGGAUGGCAUGGGGAUAAUAUGCUUGAACCAUCGGACAAGAUGCCAUGGUUUAAAGGCUGGUCAGUCGAACGGAAAGAGGGCAAUGCUUCGGGGAAAACAUUAUUGGAGGCAUUGGACUCCAUUUUACCACCAACACGACCUACAGAGAAACCCCUACGUUUACCAUUGCAAGAUGUUUAUAAAAUUGGUGGUAUCGGAACAGUGCCAGUGGGACGUGUUGAAACUGGAAUAUUGAAAAGAAAUAUGACGGUGACAUUUGCACCAACAAAUUUAUCAACAGAUGUUAAAUCAAUUGAAAUGUUUCAUGGUGAUUUAGAAGGUAAGUUUUUUUAAAUAAACUGAUAGUUUCGCAUAGAGUACAUAGAAUG